CGGGAGUUGGAGGCUGGGAGAUCAGGGUUGUCAGCUGCCAGCUUGUUGGUGUACAUUGUCAUGGAAGCGAUGUUGGUUUUGUUGAGUAAGAUAAGAAGGCAUUGAGAGAGAUGGCUGAGGAGGGACCUGGAGAUGACAUUGUGGCUGAGUACCUUGGCCAGAACCGUCACCUGGUCGAGUGGGUAGAAUCGCUCAGGGGGAUCUGCGAGACCAACAAGCAAUGGCUCGCCAGGAGAGAGUUUCUUCUGCGCAAUAUGGAGGCCUUCCCCAACGUUGAGCCGGGAGUUGCAAGCGACAGCCUCGACAAGCUGAUCUCUCUUUCCAUGGUGUGGGCCAACCAUGUAUUUCUAGGCUGCCGGUAUCCGCAGCCCGUGAUGGAGCGGAUCACAGAGAUGGGGGAGGGGAUAAAGGUCCAGGACGCCCCGGUGAGGACCACCAGGGACGAGAUCAUGGCCAAAAUGAAAAGAGGGGCUGCUUCAGAUGGGAGCUCCGACAGCGGCGGCAAGAAAUCAAAGGCAGCCAGGUGGGGCCCCGAGGCAGACGCGCCCGCCACGCACCAGCCCUUCUUCAACCGCCUCUACAAGGCCGUGGCCUGGAAGCUGGUGUCGGAGGGCGGCUUCGGAGGGCCCAACCUGGACCACUACGAGGUGCUGCGCGGCUGCGUGGAGACCUCCAAGGCCAGCCUGACCUGCGUCAUCGUCCCCCUCAAGGACAUCCCCGACCUGCCGGCCGCGCGAGCCCAGCGCGAGGGCCAGGUGUGCGAGCUGCGCGUCCAGACGGUCUACCUGGGCACGGGCUACGGAAGGGACGAUGCCGCGGCACGCGCCAUGGCCGCCAAGGAGGCGCUGAAGGCCUUCCAGGGCCGCAAGGUGACGGUCAAGCUCUGCCGGAGGAGGUUCCAGGGCAGGGACGUGGAGGACGUGGUCCUGCUGGAUGAUCAGACGCGGGGAGGGAACACGUUUCCCCCGGCACUCAGCUACCCCUUCCAGCCAGACGAGAGCUCCGGCUCCUAGCAGCCACCGUGCUCAACCUCGUGUCCACUGAACCCUUCUCCACUGUCACAAGCUCUCACACGUUACUACUGCUACUGUGUCAGGUUCCUGUCUGCCCCCAUUCAAGUUGAUGUUGCAGUGAGUGGUGUCUUUUAUCACUGUACAUUUUCAGUUUAACCAUUUUAGUGGAAUUCUUCUCUUUUGAUUAAUUUAGUUUUAAUUUUACAUUAUAUGAUAAUAUGUUGUUCUGCAAUGACAGUUUUAUUUAUGACUUGGGUGAUCACAUGGGUUUUUUUUUUUUGCACUUGUGGCCGGCAGUCUGUUUCAUAUUUUCAUAUUUUACAGGUCAGGGAUCCAGAUAUAUAUUUCAGAUGUUCCUUUUAGAGAUGUUGGAGCAGUCCGUGUAGAGGAGCACAGCAUAGCACGGGUCCUUAAUUGUAAGCUUCUGUUUCUGCUUACCUCAUAGACCCUCUAUUAGAAUGGAGGUUCCGAACGGCUCAGACUCAGGGCCAUAGCUACAGAGCAUCAACUUUUCUGGCAUUGCUUUCCUUGUUUUUCUUUCUUUUCCCAUUUAUUUGAUGGACAACGGUAGGUGGUUGGGUUUUGUUUUCUUCCAGACCUGCGUUGUUAGAGAUACUGUCAAGCCGUUCUUGUUAGGAAACUUUUCUUUCCCCCUACAAAAGUUUUUAAUUAUGGCGUGUAUGUGCACAGGUUCUGCUCCUUGCAAGUGGCUUGAGACUGAUAAUGAAGAAUGUCCACUAGGAAAUGGUGAAAUGAAGACUUUGAAGUGAAGCUCAUUAAAAGUUUGUUUUAUUGGGAGGUGAUGAAAGUAACCGAGUCCCUUAAUGGUGGUGAUGGUAUGGUGUUUCGAAGCAAUGAUCACAUUUGUAUUGUGCCUUGGGGCUUUGGAUAAAGACCGUAAACGCCACGCCAGUCUGUUUGGUUUGCUACAAGGUUAAAAGAUUUAAGAGACCCCCACCUGUCAUUCCUGAGGUUUGAUUUCCUCCAAUGAAAAGGAGUGUCAUUUUCUUAUAACUUAACUAAUCACUGGUCUGUUGCUGUUUUGUGUAAGCGUUGCCCAUUCUGAGCAAAUUAAUCUGACACUCCCUUUCGUAUGGAAAAAGUAAGGCUUUAGAAUGUAAGAUAAUGUUAAAGUCUUGGUCAGUUGCAACACAUUUUGACCUUAGUGAGUUAAACACUUUGUCAAUUACCUCUGCCAAAUGAGUGUUUUGUUCAGUUCACCUUCAUGUUAGAGCACCGCGUCCUUGGCUUGUUCAUUUUCUCAGUUUAUCACAGGUUUGACUAUGGUGUGUCAAUGUUGGCUCUCAAAUUCUAAAUCUAAAUACCUGUAAAUAAAAUUGUGUUUAAAAAAUA